UUUCUUGCACUGAAUCUUUAAUUUGGAAGGUUUUGCCGGCUUGUAAGAGAAAGAAAAGGGAAAGAUUGUUUGUCAACCUUACUAAGAAAUACUAAAAUGGCAUUGAACAAACUCGCUAUAGAUGCAUUGGACCUUAAAGAUAAACGUGUUUUGAUGCGAGUUGAUUUUAAUGUUCCAUUGAAAGAAGGAAAAAUUACAAACACACAGAGAAUCACAGCGGCUUUACCAACUAUAAAAUAUGCCCUGGACAAUGGUGCUAAGUCUGUUGUAUUGAUGAGCCAUCUUGGACGACCUGAUGGCAGAAAACAAGACAAAUAUUCUAUGGCACCUGUCAAGGCAGAAUUAGAUAAACUCCUUGGGAAACCAGUAACAUUUUUAUCUGACUGUGUUGGACCAGAGGUUGAGGCAGCUUGCACUAGCCCUGCCCCAGGGACAGUGUUGUUACUUGAGAAUCUCAGAUUUCAUGUGGAAGAAGAAGGAAAAGGUGUUGAUGCUGAAGGAAACAAGAUUAAAGCAGACAAGGCAGCUGUAGACUCAUUCAGAGCCUCAUUAUCAAAAUUAGGAGAUGUUUAUGUAAAUGAUGCUUUUGGUACCGCGCACAGAGCACACAGUUCAAUGGUGGGAUGCCAGUUAGCACAGAGAGCAUCAGGAUUCUUGUUGAAGAAAGAGUUGACCUACUUUGCUAAAGCAUUAGUUAGUCCAGAGAGACCAUUCCUAGCUAUUCUUGGAGGAGCCAAGGUAGCAGAUAAAAUCCAGUUAAUAGAAAACAUGUUGGAUAAAGUGAAUGAAAUGAUAAUCGGUGGAGGCAUGGCAUUUACCUUUCUAAAGGUUCUUAAUAAUAUGGAGAUUGGUUCCUCCCUGUACGAUGAAGAAGGUGCAAAGAUUGUACAGAAAUUGGUAGAUAAAGCAAAGGCUAACAAUGUCACCAUAACCUUACCAGUAGAUGUUGUAACAGGGGACAAGUUUGCUGAAAAUGCUGCUGUGGGACAAGCAACAGUAGAAUCUGGUAUCCCUGCUGGAAGUAUGGGACUUGAUGUUGGAGAGAAAUCUAUAGCAAUGUUCUCUGAAGUGAUAGGUAGAGCAAAAACUAUUGUAUGGAAUGGACCACCAGGUGUUUUUGAGUUUGCCAACUUUAGUAAAGGUACCAAAUCUAUGAUGGAUGCUGUUGUCAAGGCAACACAAGGAGGAGCCACAAGUAUCAUUGGCGGUGGUGACACAGCUACUUGUGCAGCUAAAUACAACACAGAAGAUAAAGUCAGCCAUGUUAGUACUGGAGGGGGAGCUAGCUUAGAAUUACUGGAAGGUAAAGUUUUACCAGGUGUGGCAGCUUUAUCAGACGCAUAAUAGAAGUGAACAAAUCCUACGUAGAAACUUUAAACUAAUUUGUGUACUUUGUAAAUGUAAAUUGAUGGAAGGACUGAUUUUAAUAUAAAGUAUUAAACAUGAUAAGUGCUAAGAAAAGAUAUAGUUUUUUUGUUAUUUUC